AUGAAUACACAAAUUUCAUUUCUUGAUCCAAAUUCUUUUACAUUUUUUGAUAACGAUCUUGAAGAUCCACAAUUCACUACAACUGACCCAAACGCAAAGGAAGUUCUUGAAAAUGCGAAAAAAUUACUUUCUGAAAAUCAGGUUAUUGCUAUACCAACAGAAACUGUUUAUGGUUUAGCUUCAAAUGCUCUUUGCUCAGAAGCGAUUCAAAAAAUUUAUAUUGUAAAAAAUCGUCCUUUGGAUAAUCCAUUAAUUGUUCAUAUUUCAUCAUUAAAAAUGUUAAAAAAAUUUUUAUUACCAAAUUUAACAGAAAUUCCUAAAAUUUAUGAAUCUGUUAUAAAAAAAUUUUGGCCUGGACCUUUAACAAUACUUUUACCAAAACCUGAAUCAAUUCCUUUAGAAGUUACUUGUAAUCAACCUACUGUUGCUGUACGAUUUCCUUCACAUCCAAUAGCUCGAGCUUUGAUUUCAACAUGUGAAUUUCCUUUAGCUGCUCCAUCAGCUAAUGCAUCAGGAAAGCCCUCUCCAACUUUGGCUUCUCAUGUUUGGACGGAUUUAAAUUGUAAAAUUCCAUUAAUAAUUGAUGGAGGUCAAUGUAAUUUUGGUGUAGAAUCUACGGUUCUAGAUGCGAUUAGCUCAAAGGAUCCAAUUAUAUUACGUCCUGGAGGUGUUACUUUUGAGGCUUUGGUUAAGAUUCCAGGUUUUGAAAAUUUAAAGGUUUAUAAUAAGGACUUUAUUGAUAAGAAACUUGAAAUGACGCCAACAACUCCUGGAAUGAAAUAUCGUCAUUAUUCUCCUAAUGCUAAAGUCGUGUUAAUUGAUCUUGGUGAUGAUAGAAUUAAAUCAAGAACUAUAUUGAAAAGGGAAGUUCAAAGAAUCAAGAAUGGUGGUGCGAACAAAAUUGGAAUCUUAAUACUUACAGAUAAUAUAAUGAAUAUACAAAAUAAUGAAAAUGAUGUGUUGGAAUCCAAGAUUAGUAGUUCAAUUCACCCUGAACAAGUUGCUAAGGAAUUAUUUAAAGGAUUGAGAUGUCUUGAUGAACAUAAAGUAGAUUAUAUAGUUGUAGAAGGAAUUCCUGAGAUGAAUGAAGGAUUGGCUCAACAAAUGGAAAAUUCAGAGAAAACGAAACUUACUACACUAGAAGAACUAAAACGAAAUCGGGAUAAAUUCAAAUUUCAUAAAAAUCGCUUUAAAAAGCAAACCAAAAUCACAAAUGGCAGCUCGGAUCUUAGUAACAAGACAAUCUCCGAAUGCACGAGUACUUGCAGAUCUGACACACUCUCCUCUGCAACUGUCACAGCCGGUCCAAGAGAGCCGUCUUGUAUAGUUUAUGAGAAACUUAUACUGAGCUAUUUUACGAGCGAUUUACACAAUAUCAACUCAUUCCCGUUAGAAUCCUACGACAUGCUUAAAAGAUUAGCUGUAUGGAAAAGUGAUUUUCAUAUUCCUUUUACGCAGGCUUCUUUAAAAAAUCUUGAAAUGGCGCUUAAAAAUUUGUCAAAUGCAUGGGGCCCUAAUAUUAUAUCUGUAAAAGAAAAAAAUAUUGGCGGGGGCAAGAGAUUAAUAGUGGAAGAGGUUGAUUUUCGAAAGCUAAAUGCUGUUAAACUUAUUGAAGACUCUCUGGAAUCGGACGAUCCCUUAUCUUUAGAAAAAUCGUUACAAUUAACCACUCAUUUAAACAAUACCAACAAAAAACGCAAAAUUGACAAAAUUUUAGAUAACGACGAUGAUAAUGAAUUAAAAGAAAUAAAUGAACUUCUUGCAAAACCAUCAUUUAAAGAUUUAGAAGAAAGUGGUCCAUUGUAUGAUCUAUGUGUAAUGUUAAAUAAAAAAUCUUCUCGAGACAAAUUAAUAAUCGAAAUGUUUCGAUCGACAAACAAUUCAUUCCGAGAAUUUUGUGUUUAUGGUACAAAAGCUGAUUGUCAAAAAAAGCGUCGGAAAGCUACUAAAGCUUGCAAAAGACUUCAUUUCCGCCCAAUGUUACGCCACCAUACUGAUUUGGAAUUAGGUGAUUGUUCUUAUUUGAACACCUGUCAUCGGAUGGAUACUUGCAAAUACGUGCAUUAUGAGCUGGAUGAAGAAGAUGAAAAAUGGACUUAUGUUCAGCGAAAACAAAUCCCGCCUGCUGUGGUGUUCGUUCCACCAACAAAAGUGCUUCCUCCUCAAUGGAUCAACUGCGACGUACGGAAGUUUGACUUUUCGGUUCUUGGAAAGUUCACUGUCAUAAUGGCUGAUCCACCAUGGGAUAUUCAUAUGACGCUUCCGUAUGGUACUAUGACUGACGAUGAAAUGAAAGAUAUGGGAAUUAGCACAUUACAGGAUGAAGGACUAUUGUUUUUAUGGGUUACGGGAAGAGCAAUGGAACUAGGAAGGGAAUGCUUGAAUAUUUGGGGAUAUGAUCGUGCAGAUGAACUUGUAUGGAUCAAGACCAAUCAAUUACAAAGGCUUAUUCGGACUGGGCGAACAGGACAUUGGCUGAAUCACAGCAAAGAGCACUGUUUAGUUGGAAUUAAAGGCUAUCCUGAAGAUUUAAAUUGGGGACUCGAUUGCGAUGUUUUAGUUGGAGAGGUUCGAGAAACAAGUCGUAAGCCAGAUGAAAUCUAUGGAUUAAUUGAUCGUUUGGCACCUGGUACACGUAAAUUAGAAAUAUUUGGUCGUCAACACAAUACGCGCCCUGGGUGGAUAACCCUUGGUAACCAAUUGGAUGAUGUUCGGAUAUAUGAGCCUGAGUUAGUCGCACGAUUUAAUGCAAGAUAUCCAGAGAAACCUUGUAAAUUAACUCAAUUACCCCCGGAUUGGUAG